UGUGGAGUGUGGGAGAUGAUAAAAGGAUGGUGUUGGGGGUGAAGUAGGCGCUUAUGCUGGUGGUGGUGGAGGAGUUCCGGCGGAGGUGGUGCCUAUGCAGCUGGAGGACAUGAUGGUGGAUAUGCUGGAGGAGGUGGUAGUGGAAGUGGAGCUGGAGGUGGCCAUGCUGGUGGUGGAUAUGCUGGAGGAGGUGGUGGUGGAAGUGGAGCUGGAGGUGCUCAUGCUGGCGGACACGAUGGUGGAUAUGCUUCUGGAGGUGGUGAAGGUGGUGGAGCUGGAGGUGGCCAUGCUGGUGGAGGAUAUGCUGGAGGAGGUGGUGGUGGAAGUGGAGCUGGAGGUGCUCAUGCUGGCGGAGAACAUGAUGGUGGAUAUGCUGCUGGAGGUGGUGAAGGUGGUGGUAGUGGAUAUGGUGGUGCAGGGUCAGCAGAUGGUGGAUAUGCUGCUGGAGGUGGUGGAGGUAGUGGUGGUGGAGGUGGUGGUGCAGUUGCUGGAGGUGGAGCACAUGGUGGCGGUGCAUAUGCUGGAGGUUCAGGAGGAGGUACUGGUGGCGGCUAUGGUGCUGGUGGAGCACCCGGGGGUGGAUAUGGUGGUGGAGGUGGACAUGGAGGCGGUGGUGGUAGUGCGUAUGCUGGAGGAGAAGGAGGAGCCUCAGGUGGUGGAUAUGGUAGUGGAGGAGGAGCUGGUGGUGGUGCAGGAGGAGCACAUGGAGGAGCAUAUGGUGGAGGCGGUGGUAGUGGUGCCGGUGGUGGUGGAGCCUAUGCCGGUGGAGAGCAUGCUGGUGGUUACGGAGGAGGUGCUGGAGGUGGUGAAGGUGGUGGACACGGUGGUGGCUACGCUCCUUAAGCGGUCAUUCUAAUCUAAAAGUAUCCAUCUUCUUACCUACACUAUUAAAAAAAUAAUGUACUGAGAUUGUGGUAGGAAGAUGUUAUAUAUAUAUUGGAAGAAAAAGAAUUGUAGUUAAGUCCUGCAAUCUUUUUAAGUGUAAUGUGGUUUCCUUUAAAAGCAACAUUAAGAUAUGAUUGCUUGCAUUUUA